UCUUCGCAUUCUUUCAUCGCACCUACAUCACACACAACGCACAACACCCAACACCCAGACAACAUUAAACAAAACCAAGACACACAGAAAUAAACUGCAUAAUGGAUAUUGACGAUGAUGACGAUUUCUACGCUCCUGACGAGCCUACGACCCAAGAUGAUACUACUGCUUCCACUGUCCCCGUACAACAACAACCGCAAGCCCAACAACAACCCCAGCAACAGCAGCAAUCACAAGAUGGAGAAGAUUUAGAAGAAGGCGAGGAAGAAGAUGAAGGCGCUGAUAUGGAUGAGGAUGACUCCGACAUAGACAUCAUCACGGAACGUAAAGAUGGCACCAACGCUCCCCCGCCAACUCAAUCCAGAUAUAGCGAUAUUCGAAACAUACCUCAAAGAUCUGCAUCAAAUGAUGCCACGACUAAGCCCGCUCCCGCUGUUAAGAAGGAAGAAGUACCGUCGCAAGCUAUACCGGCUAACCUACCCCCCGUCUCCACGUCCAAGGUAGACGUAAACGCUUUACCUGUCUACCAGCCAGUCGGAAAGCCUAUUACACAAAUCAAUAUCGAUGAGGACUUACCCGACAAUGAAAAGCCUUGGAGGAAACCCGGUACUGACUUGAGUGACUAUUUCAACUACGGCUUCGACGAGUUUACCUGGGCUCUGUAUGCUGCCAAGCAAGAGAAUGUGCGUAACGAGUACAGCUCGGACGCCAUCGCCCAGAACAACAAGAAGAUGAUGGAGGAUAUGCAGAUGAUGAUGAUGAGUGGAAUGCCCGGUAUGAGCGGUGGGGGCGCAACAGGUGCCAUGCCAAAUAUGCCUGGAAUGGAUGGCAUGUCGCCCGAGAUGCAAGCCAUGAUGCAGCAGAUGAUGGCCUCGGGAAUGGACCCGAGCCAGAUGGAUCCCUCUACCAUGUCGGCCAUGUUUGCAGGCAUGCAGAAUGCCGGGGCCAAUGCAACCGGAGGACAAGUUGGCCAAAACCAAGGCUUUGGGGGAUCUGGCCAAGGAUUCGGCGGUGCGCAAGGACAGAACUUUGGAUAUGAGCAAGGCAUGGGCCGAGGUGGAGGAGGAGGUGGUGGGUUUGGUCGCGGUCGUGGCGGCCGUAGGAACUGGUAGCCCCGGUUAACAUCCUCCGGGCUUCAUACCAUGGAUAUGUACUUUUAUUCGGGCGGGCUUCCUUAGUCGCCAUACCAGAAGGAUGACUAUACUUGGAACCGGGAUGAACCGGAUAUCCAUCCCAACUAGUUACCUCUCGCGAUACCCGCGGCAUCAAUAAUGCUGUACUGCCAGAAGGCUUACCACCACUAUGUUUCCCUAACGCGAAUACAUUCAGAGAGACGUAGUAUUAUGCGUAAGUCGGAGGCGGUACGAUGUUGAGGAACGCUACUCCAUAGUGGCACUGACGGCACCAGCGUUGUUGAUAUCGCAAACCUCCUAACUAGAGGGUUUAAUCUCGGCCCUAGCAAUACGUAACUUCAAUGCCACACUAAGUAUUGUCCGUCUCUAAGUGACCAUUCCUAUUUACCAGAGAGAUAUCAACCUUGAAGAGAUACGCCUCCUAAGUACCUACCUACCUACCUACCUACCUACAUAGUACGUAUGUAUCCCCGACUCUACCCGGGAUCCCUACCUACCUACCUACCUACCUUCCUAUCAACCUAGCCGUCC